AUGUCCUUGACUCUAAAAAUGCUGUGUGAUAACUUUGCAGAGAAAAAAGUCAGCUCUCAGGGUUGUACCACACAGAUGUGGUUCUCUUCUUUCUUUGUGGUAUCUGAAUGGUUCUUCCUGACGUCCAUGGCACAUGACUGGUAUUUGGCCAUCGGUAAGCCCUUGUUGCACGCCCUGAUUAUGUCCCAGAGGGUCUCUGUGCAGCUGGUUAUAGGGCCUUAUGGCAUGGCUCUUCUAAGCAGCAUGACCUAUAUGACACUGACUUUUUGCUUACCCUUGUGUGGUCCAAAUAUCAUCAAUCAUUUUUUCUGUGAUAUUUCCCUUCUGCUUUCUCUUACAUGUGCAGACACUUCCGUGACUCAACUUACACUUUUCUUUUUGGCUGGAUCUACAGGAAUCUUCAGUGGCCUGAUCAUGAUGGUCUCCCAUGUUUGCAUCCUGGUGGCCAUCUGGAAGAUCCAGACUGCUCAUGGGAGGCAGAACGCUUUGUCCACCUGCUCCUCUCACCUGGUAGUUGUCUCCAUCCUGUAUGGGACUCUUAUCUCUGUUCGACCUGGCUCAAGUCCCUCCCUGAAUCUCAAUAAAGUGAUUUCUCUGUUGUAUACUGUGGUGAUGCCCAUGUGGAACCCCCUCGUCUACAGCUUGGGGAAUAAGGAGUGUUACCUCCACUGGGGACUCACCCUAAGGGAUGAUCAGAGACAGUGUCAGUUAGAGCCCGUGUGUUGUCCUCUUACAGCACCAUCUUCUUUUCCCUUGGACUUUAUAGCUGUAACACAGUGCAUCUUAAAAUAG